GCAUGUUUUUUGUUUUUUGGUUGGGUUGUGUCUUAUAGGUUGUGGCCUUCUUUCUUUCCGGGGGCCGGAAGGUCUGCUGUAUAUAUUUAAUUCAAUAGAAGCUUGGUACCUGUAGUGUWGGAGGUGGGAACUGGAYAGAUUYUAGAGAAUGUGCCCCCUAGGAGGUCCUCCCACAAAGAAGAGAAAGCUGAGUGACAGAGGRGCCGUCCUGUGUCCCUCCUUGUCGCCUCUAGUGGUAAAKGAGGAGGAUGMAAAGCAUGACGAACAGUUCUUGUCCGCGGCCCGGGCCAUUCUUAGUCGUCCAGAAUUGCUCGACAUCACGUUCGUAUGCACAGAUGGAAGAGAGGUGCGGGCAAAUCGAGCAUUACUGGCAAGUGGGAGUGAGUACUUUUCCAGACUGCUUUAUGGGGAUAUGAAGGAGAGUUCGAUGGACACCAUACCUCUCCCUGCUGCCAGGGCCAGCAGUCUUCAGGUUGUGGUCAGUUACCUGCAUGGUCAUCGAUUGAGAUUGGACGCCGACAAUUGCUGGGAUGAAAUGCUCGACGUGUACUGCCUGGCAGCGCAAUAMCAGGUCGAUCUCUUAUGCCRGAGGAUCUUACUCCUUGUGCCAAACCUCAUUUACGCACGUGAAUUUGGAGAUCUGCUAAAUGMGGCGAUCCCGAGGCAUGCUGAGGAAUUGCUAAAGGCUGCAGUUGAAGCAAUGAACAAGGUUUUGGUAUUUGAUUCGACGUCAUUCCAUGAGUGGAAGAAAGAGAGCAUAGUAUACUGCCUCGAGAACGUGCGAUUCCAUCCGAAUGUAACGGAGACGAUGGUGGCCGAGGCUGCUCUCUCUGCAGCAUCCAGCGGCGAUUGUGUUACUGUUGAGGAAGAUUAUGCGCAGAAUGCGUCUGUCAUGCGGGAUUGCACUGCUGAAGGGUCUGACGACUCUAAAACUUUCGUAAUGAAGGCAGUGCCGAGUUAUUCAAAAGGUGAGAAAAACUGCUACAGUGUUGCAGUAGGCUCACUGUCAAGGGACGACUUGCAAGAAAUAUUGGAAUGUCACAUCAACCUUGCAUUUCAUGAUCCCUCCUUUCUGAGAAAGAGUAUCGAGCCAGUGCGAAUCGUGCGCCCAGAGGUGCUUGCUGCAGUUUAUAGAGUACAUGCCAUAUGCUUUUCACGAGGAUUGUCGACAAAGUCUUUUUUCAAAGCACCGUGGCGUUCUCUAAGUCCCAGAGUCUCAUUUAGACCAGUGAAAUCACCCGGAGGUGAAAUCUGYCGUGCUUAUGCUGAUGUCUCGCUCCCAUCUCUAUGGCCCCGUGAUCCAGAAUCCAGCUACGUGCUUUCAGAGCAGCUGCCACAGCAAAUUGAGCGUAUACAUGAAAAGGACAUGAACACUGCAACACUUCAGUUACCCCUUCGCAGUGGCUUGCACAUAUGGAGGCUCUCUGUGGACUCAGAAACAUCGAGUGACAAUCUUGGCGCUGGUGUUAUUUCAGCAACUGCAUCAGAUGGUUUUGGCCUGGCAAAAGAGAAAGACUGCUGGCUCUUAUAUGGUGACCUUGAAACAAGUGGUGGCAAGGAAUGCGAACAGACAUUUUUGGAUUCRCCUCAGGGMAAAAAGUUCAGCGAAGCUAUGGUUGUGAUAUUAGACAUGACCAAGCGAUCGYUGAGUUUUUCCAGUACAGUAAAGCAGUACCUCGAUCACACCGGAGAUUAUCCUGSUGCCUAUCUUAAUCUUYCGUGUGAUAUGCCACUGUACCCUGCUGUGUAUAUGGAGGAACCCGGUUCUGUUGAGAUARAAUGGAUUCAAAGUUCUCCCCGUGAGCAGUCAGUCCACCCAAUCUAACCUCUAGAUUUGUCUGUUAGAUUC